AUGAUACAGCGCCGUCUAGUCCGCCGACAAAGCUCGCUCGCAGCAGCCAAGAGAAUCCUCGCUCAAGCUGACAGCGAGCCAGAUGUCGAGAUCAAAAAGCCGGCGUCCAGACCGCGUUUGGCAGCCACUAGAAACAAGUCUACGCCACCUUCACCAUCAGCAUCGAAAGACGCGUCAGAAGAAGACUUUAGCCCACCAAUCCAAGACGACAACGACGAUGAUGUAAAGGACAUCGCGGAACCGCCGCCAAAAAGGCGCAGGAUCGAGAAGAACCCCAAAACCCGAAAAGCCGACACCGCAAGACUCCAUGCGAGCCUCUUUGGCCCACCGCAGCAGCAGCAGCAGCAGGUGACGCAUGAUCCCUGCUGCUCGCCCGCCGCAUCAAGAACGCACGCCACCUCGUACCACCGCCCUCUCCUCCUAGACGGCCAGCCUGGCCGGCGCGGACGCGACGCCCUCCUCGGCUGGUUCGACUCCAUCAGCACCACCCGCGGCAUGCCCUGGCGCAAACCCUGGAUCGACCCGAAAGAGAGCUGGCCAGACGAUGACACCGCCGCCGCUAAUCUCCGCUGCGCCCUCGAGAAGCGCGCCUACGAGGUCUGGAUCAGCGAAAUCAUGCUACAGCAGACCCGUGUCGCCGUGGUAAUCGACUACUGGAACAGGUGGAUGGCCCGCUGGCCCACGAUCCAGGACCUCGCGGCUGCCGAGCCAGAAGACGUGCUGAGCGCCUGGCGCGGUCUGGGCUACUACAGCCGCGCCACGAGGAUCCACGAGGCGGCGAAGCUGGUCGUCGCGGACCCGGACUGGCGGGGGCUGAUGCCCUCCGACACGGCCGAGCUCGAGGCAAAAGUCCCCGGCGUGGGGCGGUACACGGCCGGCGCCGUCGCUGCCAUUGUGUUUGGCGAGGCAGCGCCCAUGGUCGAUGGGAAUGUGCUCCGCGUGCUGAGCAGGCAGCUGGGCCUGUACGGGAAUGCAAAGACGGAUAAGGCCGUCAUUGACCUGCUCUGGGCCGCCGCGGACGCCCUCGUCAAAGCGGUCGCAAAGGACGGCCCCGGCGAGGACGGUACAGAGCUUCCUGGCAAAGCGCCGCUGAGCGAUCGGCCAGGACGAUGGGGCCAGGCCCUGAUGGAACUCGGGAGCACAGUCUGCACGCCGAAGCCGAACUGCGGUGAGUGCCCCGUCACAUCCACGUGUCGGGCAUUCGCAGAGGGCCUGCAGAUAGCGGCCUCCAAAUCAAAGAAGACGGCGCAAAAGAUCAAGGAUAUCGAGGACCUGUGUUCGAUAUGCGAGCCCUUUGAAGAAGGAAACGUAGAGGAGACCGCGCUUUCGGGAGAAGAUUCGGACGCCGACGCGCCGAAACCUGCAAAGGGGGCCAAGAAGGGCGCAAAGACGCGACCGGGGCCAAAGCAGGCGACCUUAUCCGCCUUCUUCACCUCAAAGACGGCAAAGAAGAAGGACGAGGAGGCGGAGGAGCCCUCCCUGACGGCAAAGCCCAAGGUUGCCCACCACGACGCGCGAACGCUAGAAAUCGUCGCUGAGCACGCCCGUAAAUUCCCGCUUAAGGUGGUCAAGAAGGCGGUCAGGGAGGAAGAAGCCCUCGUAUGCGCGGUCCGGCGCGGUAGCGACCGCCGGUUCCUGAUUCACCGACGCCCGGAGAAGGGACUCCUGGCCGGGUUGUGGGAGCUGCCCAGCCACACGCUGCCGCCUGCUGGCGCGGCGACCGCCGGCAGCGGCAAUAGUAACACGGCGACUUCGCGGAAGAAGGAUGCUCAGGGGUACGUCUCGGGACUCAUCAGCGGCGGCGGCGGAGACAAGAAGAAGUUGAAGCUGAGAUAUGCCGGGGAACUUGGCAGCGUGCCGUGGCUGUUUUCUCAUCUGAAGCUUACCAUGCAUGUGUACCUCUUCGAGGUGGACGGGUCCGAGGACCUAGUCUCGUCGCAUGCGCGGCAUCGCUGGGCUACGGCUGAAGAGGUUGAUGAGGAGUCUAUGGGGACUGGGAUGCGCAAGUGCUGGGCUUUGGUGAGGGAGAGAAACGAGGAGUCUCUCUCUUCUUGA